AUGCUUGCCAGAUUCUUGGACAAAGCUUGCAUAAAUACCGGGAGAGAUGGAGCAUGGUCCGUCUACGACGCGGCAAAGGUUGAGGCGACGAAGAUUGUACUCCACAUGCUUCCACUUGUCUUCAGCGCCACCGUAGCCCUUGUGUCAAGUCCUCUUCUCGUCGCCUUCACGGUGCAGCAAGGAGGCACCAUGAAAACACGAUUGGGGUGGGUGCAGGUUUACCCGGCGAUGCUUGCCAUCAUCCCAUCCGCAUUCCAGAUGCUGAUGCUUGUAGCCUACGACCGAUUCCUCGUGCCAUUCCUACAGCAUCGCACGGGCUACGAGGGAGCCAUCACCCACCUACAACUCGUCUGUGUAGGCUAUGUGGCAAACAUAGUUGCGCCGGUGGUUGCGGCCAUUGUCGAGAGGAAGAGGAAAGAGAUGGCAGCCACCGGCGUGCACAUGUCACUCUUCUGGCUCGCGCUGCAGUUCUUCCUUCUGGGCAUGCAGGAAACGACAUCCUUUGUGGGUCUGCUCGAGUUCUUCAACAGCGAGGCGCCCCGCAGUAUGAAAUCCAUUGGAGUUGCGCUCUUCUAG